GUCAGGGGGGUUAAAGCCUUGAUCUGUCCCGGCAUCAGAUUUGAUUACUCCUGCCUCGGACGUGCCGGGGCUGCUGUCGGUGCACAUAUCAGCCCUCAGCCCGCUAUGCCCCGUCCCUCCGCUGUCACUGGGCUGCAGAUAAAGCGCUCCACGCAGGGAAGCUCAUUGCAUUACGCAGAUUGAUAGCCUGGAUGCUCUCCGUCGAUAUCAGCAAAACCACCCGAUGGCCUCCGAGUGAAGAUGCGGUAGAUACGGUAAGAGCGACGCCUGUUAGCACCAUGAUCAAUGGCUGUGCUGUGUGUGCUAGUGAUAGUGCAGGCCGUGUUGCAGGGGGGAGAUUGAAUGCCACUAAAAUUUCAAGGCUGUAAGCCCUGUGCAGGGUGGUGAUGACGAGCCAGGGCAGUGGCAGUAGGGGAAGUGGCCAGCAUGCCAGCACUCCCCCCCCUCGCCAUGCUCCCGGACCCAAGUUGCAGGUACAGCGCUCCCUCUCUCGAGACACCAUCACCAUCCACUUCUCUGCCCUCGGGAAAGAGGAGGAAGAUGAAGAGGAGGAGCUCUAUGGGUUACCUGUUGGAUCUAUGGGGGCUUCAUCUGGGCUUGAUGGCACAGGGGGGCUGGGAAUGUUGGGGGGUGAGGACCAGGGCAUUACCACAGCCCUGGAGGCAAGAGAGGAGCUGCUGUUUGAAUCUGGGGGGGUGGACGCCCCUCCUGGAGCCGCUGUGCUCCCUGUAUCCUCCACCACACUAUCAAUGCAGCCUGCAGCACCGCAUUCACACUCUCCAGCCAUGACUAUUAUCCCCACCUCCACCCAGUCCCACCUGAGUUCCACCCCUCCUGCCAGUUCCUCAUGGCCCUCUGACCGACCCUCAGCUAGUCCCCCUACCACGAGCUCCAGUUCCUCCUCCCCUUGCAAGUCUGCAGCCCUGUCCUCGUCCAAACCCUUCCUCAGCCUAGUGAGGUCCCUUUCCAAUGAUGUCGAGUCUCGAGAAAGUACGCCUGCGCCCGCCACUGUGGCGCCCGCGCAUGCACGCCACCGACACUUAAUGAAAUCUUUUGUUAAGUCCCUGUCCACGGACACUUCCAAGCCUGAACAACAGGAGGGGCCUUUUCAUCCCCAUCCUCAGCACCAUCAUCCCCAUCCUCAGCAGACACAGCCGUCCCAGCGCCCUCCGCUGGAAUCACGUCGCAACAUGCAGCUCUUCAAGCAGUUCUCUCAACCUCGCUUGUCCACUGGCAAUGUCACUGUCACCCAGGCAGGUGGAGACUCCAAAACAGCACCGUCCUCCCCCCUCACAUCCCCAGAUGGUAGAUCCUUCUUCAAAGUUCAAGAAGUGGAGGCCAAGAUAGAAGAUACCAAGCGCCGGCUGUCAGAGGUGAUGUCGGACCCCUUACAGCUUUUUAGUAAGAUCAUGGGCGAUGAGUGUGGGACGGUGGGCACAGCAGGCACAGGAGCAGUGGGAAGUGCCACCCACCGUGCCAAAACUCUUUCGUCCAGCGCAUCGGAGCUCAGCGGUGUGACGGCCGUGAAUGGGCACGCAGAGAGCAACAACAACUAUAGCAUCAAAGAGGAGGAAGGGGGAGAAGGGGAGGAAGAAGAGGCGACACCCACAGGUGAGGGUCCUGACGCUGUGUUUUUCUCCUUCCCAUCACUGGCACCAGCUCCAGCCCUCAUCCAGGCCUCCUCGUCCAUUAUCCCCAAGUCUCCCUCUCUCACUCUGGGCCGCUGCUCCAUGUCAGCCCUGGUGGCUCGACAGGAAGAUGAGGAUUUCUGUGAACUGUACAGUGAAGACUUUGAGUUGUGCACCGAUACAGAAACACCAAAUGGGGAUCGUCCGGGGUCGCGACAGCCACAUACCGGUAGUACUGGGUUGUGUAGUGAACUUGAUACAGAGGAAGAAGAAGAAGAGGAGGAGGAGGAGGAGGUGGACACUGUGCCUAUGACUGCCCUCAUCUUCCUGACACAGUUGGUUUAUUGGUACUUGGUCCUGCCUGUGCCACCCUAUGUUUGUGCGGUGGUGCACGGAAUGGUGGCUGGGUUCAUGUUGGCAGUCCUAGUCCUUUGGCUGUCCUCCCCUCAGCGCUCUUCAGGAAUGAGGAGAGGGAGACGGAGGAUCGAGCACUGGAAUGUGGCCCAGCUGGAUAUAAAAGAACCAGGGAUAUUCAAGGGCUGGAUGAACGAGAUCCACAGCUACGACCCAGAGAUGUACCACGCCACCCUGACGCACUCUGUCUACGUCCGCCUAGAGGGCUCUGUCCUGCGCCUGUCCAAGCCCAACCGCAACAUUGCCCGCCGUGCCACCCACAAUGAGCCCAAGCCUGACGUCACGUACAUCAGCCAGAAGAUCUACGACCUGACUGACAGCAAGAUACAUCUGGUGCCCCAGAGCCUGGCCAGGAAAAGAGUCUGGAACAAGAAGUACCCCAUCUGCAUUGAGCUGGCAAAGCAGGAGGACUUCAUGUCCAAGGCCCAGGGAGAGAAACCUGAAUCUGUGGAGGAGAGGCCAGCGGGAGGGGGUGAAAAGCUGGACAGAAUGGACAAGGGGGAGAAAGUGGAGGGAGCAGGAUCAGGAGAGGAACCGAAGAGACCAGCUUCGGGUGGGGGGGAUCUGAUAAUCUACCUGUUCGGGAGGACAGGUCGGGAGAAGGAGGAGUGGUUCCGGAGGUUCCUGCUGGCGUCCCGCUUGAAGUCUGAUUGGAGAGGUGGCAGUCUGCCUGGCAUCUGCAAGAGUGCCUUCUUGCCCUCCCACAGCCGCAGUGGCAGCACCCAGUCUGGUGGCGGACUGGAGGCCGACAGCAGGAGCAGCAGCCGGGGAAGCCUGGAGGAGGUGCCUCAGUCUCAGCCUCGCCACAGAGAUACGUCCUCCAUUCCACAAAGGCAGAAGAUGCUGCUGGACUAUAAUGUCUACAUGGCCAAGUAUGUCAACCCCCAGCCGCCACUGGGCAGCCCGACGGCCACUGGCAGCCCGAGCCACAGCCCUGAGAGCAGCCCCAGAGCCGCCAAGAAGAUUCUCAGGGGUUCAGCAGAGAAUGUGGAGCCUGAGGCCUGGGUCAACGCUUUACUGGGAAGGAUUUUCUGGGACUUCCUGGGAGAGAAGUACUGGGCCAAUGUCGUCUCCAAAAAGAUCCAAAUGAAGCUCAGUAAAAUCAGGCUGCCAUACUUUAUGAAUGAGCUGACUCUGACAGAGCUGGACAUGGGCUUUGCCAUCCCUAAGAUACUCCAUGCCUCCAAACCCUCUGUGGACCACCAAGGUCUGUGGUUUGAUCUGGAGAUUUCCUACACAGGCUCCUUCCUCAUGACACUGGAGACCAAGAUGAACUUGGCCCGAUUGGGGAAGGAGGGCGAAGGGCUGGGGGAGCAGGGGAAAGAGUGGCGCAGGCCUCGGACAUACUGCCUGGCAGACAGUGAUGAGGAAUCCUCAAGUGCUGGCUCAUCUGAUGAGGAGGAUCCACCGGAGCUCCUCACUGAUAAAGCUAAUCUGCCUGGAGGCGAGGGUUAUGUGGGAGGCCACAGGCCCAGCAAGAUCAUGCGCUUUGUGGACAAAAUCGCCAAGUCUAAGUACUUCCAGAAAGCCACAGAGACGGAGUUCAUCAAGAAGAAGAUGGAGGAGGUGUCCAAUACCCCGCUGUUGCUCACUGUGGAGGUGCAAGAGUGUCGCGGGACAUUGGCGGUCAACAUCCCACCUCCCCCCACUGACAGGAUAUGGUAUGGUUUUCGGAGUCCUCCUCACCUGGAGCUGAAAGCACGGCCUAAGCUGGGUGAGAGGGAGGUGACUUUAGCCCAUGUGACAGACUGGAUUGAAAAGAAAUUGGACCAGGAAUUCCAGAAAAUAUUUGUGAUGCCAAACAUGGAUGAUGUAUGGCUACCCAUCAUGCACUCUGCCAUGGACACACGAUCAAAUGCCAACUUGGUUACUGUGACAAAUGAUGCCUUGAAGGACCCAGAGCACUUGGACUCUGAGCUCUCGGACAUGUGAAGACUGCUGUUUAAAGCAUACGUUGAUGGACAUUCUAUCACCAUGGCAAUAUGACAAGUCCCCGCCCCUUCGGCAACCACAGGCACGUGCAGCAGUGGGCGGGGCCAGCUGUCCAGUCUUUGUAAGUGUAUUCCAGUUCCAUUGCUGCACCAGUCUGUGGCCACUCAGGAAGUGAAGACAAUUAUCACUCACAAGACUGGGAGUUGGUAAGCUCAUUAUCAUUUGUGGCCACUAUAAAAAAAAAGGGAAGAGACUGAACUCCAGUGCAUAUACAAGUCACUCAAUUUUAUUUGUGUGACACAAAAUAUUGAUUAUUGGUUCUGAUGAAAUACAAUAAAUGGGGCAUGUUGAGAAUGUUAAACAGCGUGUGCGGGAUAGACAAAUUGCCAUCCGAUUGAACCAGAGGAAGAACCAUAAUACCUGUGAUGUACAGCUGCACCAAACAUCAUAAUCGUACAACUUACACUUUUGUGUGACAUUUAUAUUUGAGUGGUUUAUUGUUGCUGUUAUUCCAUGAGAACUUUAUUAGAUCACUGGUUAAGUGUGUGUGUGUGUUUGUGUGAGUGAAUAAUCCUAAAUUUGGAGAUGUUUUUUUGCUAUAGGCCCCUGCAUCUAAUGCACAUUUCACGUGGAUGUUAAGUCUGAUCUCCUGUCCACACCGCUGCCUGUGCCAGCUGCCUGGCGCUCAUAUGCAAGCAAAUCAAUGCCACUGUGUCCAUCAUAGUUACCGGGUGAGUUUCUAUCCUUGAGGCACGCUCUCUGGACUGCUGUGGAUGGACAAACACAUCGUCAUAGUUAAUAACCUCAGUGCUUUUACAGAAAACCCUAGCAGCACUGUUUGUAGGCAUUAAUGCUACAGUUAACUUUAGAUGAUGUGUUCAAAUUAAAAUAAAUCUGCACACACAGCAGCUAAAUAUAGUCUAGGCCUGAUGAAUGUAUAACAAAAAAGCAGGUCCCCAUAGCUUUGUAAGGAAAAGCUCACUUGUUGGUGAUGUGCUUAUAAACACCACAUUCUUAAAAGUACUGUUAAAUGACAUUCAGAGUUGAAUAAAUGUGACAUAACUUUUCUUUCUUUUUGUAAUUGCUAAAGCAGUCAUUAAAUCCUGUUUGAAAGGUAACAAAUAAGGAAUGGGUUAAAUACCAAGUAUCCACAUUGUUUUGUUUGGAUUGACUAGAUUCAAGGCAGAGGCCACUGGUGACUGAGAUGUACAGACAAUGUUUGAAUGACCAUAGCUGGAAAUUUAUAUGACAAAAAAGAUAUUUGCAGCGAGUGAUUUUUUUUUGGAGUGGGAGCAUGUAUGGGAGAGAGAAACCCUCUUGUUAAAACCAAUAUCACCUUUGCAUUCCCGGUUUCAUUUGAACAAUUCACACAUUGGAUAUUAGCCAUACUGUUCAAUGUUGUCAGGAGACAUCCAGCUAAUGAAUGCUUGUCUUUUCCCCUUAUUUAUUAAUUUGCUCUUUUUACUAUACUGUACAUAUUGAAGAGGAAUAAUUAACUAUCAACUCGAAUGACAGCAAAUUUGUUAUUUGCAAAGGUAUAUUCUGUUGCUUUACGGAUUACUUUGAGUUUACAUGUGUUAUGUUCAAAUGUGUAGCCUAUGUUGGCAAAGUGUAUGAGGCAGAAAGUGCCUUCAAAAAUAAUCUAACAUUCCUCCAUAGUGAGUCAUAAUAUUUAUUGCAUUAUUUGAGGAUGGAGAAAAUGUCUAGAAAAUGUCUGAAUUUGUGCCAUCAAUGUGUCGGUCAAGACAUGUCCUUUGUUUUCACAGAUCUCGGUGUAGUUCAUUUGCACAGUGAUGAAAAUAUCAAACAUUGCUGUAGUGUUCAGUGAUGUCACAGAAUGUUAUGGUUCCGAUUGUUGUGGAUCAUUAAAGACCUUUUGCUUGGA